AUAAUUUAGACACGGUCCCUAACUUACAACACGCUUCCCUGCGUGCCUUACUUCCCGGUGACCGCACAGGUGAAACUAAGAAUGACUUAAUUAAUGCAUUUUAAUAAAUAUAGCAUAGUGAACCUGUAUCAUAACUGUAGUGCUUAUGUGAGGCUUCGUCAGCUGAGGCCAAUAGUAAAGCUUAUACAACAAAGUGAGUGGGUUUAGCAGCCUCUCUCUAAUCAGCGCAUCACUUCAUCUCUCCGUCCGACAUGAAAAGAAACGGCGCGUACAGCUUCCUGUCGGUUUUCUCCUGCCUCGUCGUUUGCGUGUUCCUGUUCCUGUUCUGGUUCUUCGUCUUUUACUCCAUGGUUCUGGCGCCGUAAAACAAACACAGAAGAAGCCGCAAACAGCUAAGCUAAAAGUGACGUGCUGUUUUUUUUACCCACACUGCACCGCCUUGUUGACAACAAGCCGCGCUGUCACAUGACCACCUGCAGCAGGAAGUAGCAGCUGAGGCCCCCUUCUUCUUCAUUGUAGUGUUUGUAUAAAUUGGUCUCUGAAGUCCCGAUGGCGUCUGACAUCAGUGGAGCAUCGUCCUCCUCUGCAGACCUCAAGCUGCAGUUUGCACCUUUCAGCAGUGCUUUGGAGGCAGGUUUCUGGCACCAGCUCACCCAGAAGAAGCUCAAUGAUUACAGACUGGACGAGAGCCCCAAGUGUAUCAGAGGAUACUAUUACAAUGGUGACCCUGUCGGCUUGCCCACUCGUCUGACUUUGGAGUUCAGCGCGUUUGAUGUUGAUGGUCCGACACCGGCUCGUUGCUGUCCGGCUCUUGGUACGCUGUAUAACACCAACACACUCGAUGCCUUUAAGGCCACUGAUAAGAAGGCUCUGCUCGAGAAGGAGGCCAAAGAGAUAUGGGAUGCCAUACAGUCCGGGGCUGCACUGAAGAACCCGUCUAUCCUCUGCAGAUUCAUUCUACUGACCUUUGCAGACCUGAAGAAAUACCAUUUCUACUAUUGGUUCUGUUUCCCAGCACUUUGUUUCCCAGAGGGAUUAAAAUUCAUACAGCCGCCUGUUGUCCUAGAGCAGGUUUUCUCACCAAGACAGAUCUCAGCCCUGCAGGAGGCCUAUGAUGGCCUAUGCAUGAAGAGAGGAGUCACUGGAGUUCCUUUCUUCCUGAUGAAAUACACUGACGACGCGGUCCAGAUGGCUCCACUUGAGGACUGGGAGACAUUUUUCACCGAUACUAAGAAGGUCACUGUGGGCGUCUACGACCCGUGUACUCUGUCUCAACAUCCAGGCUGGCCUUUGAGAAAUCUCUUGGUCCUCCUGGCAAAGCAGUGGGGCUCUAAAGUGGACCUGGUGGAAGUGCUGUGUUUCAGGGACCGGACUCUGCAGGGAAAUCGCUCCAUCCAGCACAGUGUCGUCUUCCAGGUCAAACUACCCGAGCUUCCCAAUAACUCAGUGUGUCUCAAAAGUGUUGGAUGGGAGAAGAACCCAAAGGGGGCUUUGGGCCCACGAAUGGUCAACCUGAGUGAAUGUAUGGACCCUAAAAGACUUGCAGAGUCAUCAGUGGACCUGAAUCUUAAGCUGAUGAGAUGGAGGCUGGUCCCGUCUUUGGAUUUGGACAAAGUCGUCAGCACAAAGUGUCUUCUUCUUGGCGCUGGGACACUGGGCUGCAAUGUGGCCAGGACUCUCAUGGGCUGGGGAGUGAGACACAUCACGUUUGUGGACAAUGCAAAGAUCUCAUACUCCAAUCCGGUUCGACAGCCACUUUUUGAGUUCGAGGACUGCCUCGGAGGAGGGAAGUCAAAAGCUACGGCAGCCGCUGGCCGUCUUACCAAGAUUUUUCCUGGUGUGAACGCAGAGGGCUACACUAUGAGCAUCCCAAUGCCUGGCCACCCAGUGAAUUUCUCUCAGGCUACUCUUUCCCAGGCCCAGAAAGACGUGGAGCAGCUGGAGAAGCUCAUCUCAGAACAUGAUGUGGUGUUCUUACUCAUGGACACAAGGGAGAGUCGCUGGCUGCCCACGGUUAUAGCUGCAAGCAAGAGAAAGCUUGUGGUGAACGCUGCUUUAGGCUUCGACACGUUUGUUGUGAUGCGACACGGACUAAAGAAACCUACCGUCAGUCAGAGCGUUUCCACAGGGACAGACUCCUCCGCUUCCUGUUCCUCUGCUUCCUCGUCAUCUUCCACUCCAGCCGGAUCUGAGCCCGGUGUCCCGGGAUCCUCUCUGUUCUCCAACAUCCCAGGGCACAAGUUGGGCUGCUACUUCUGCAAUGAUGUUGUUGCUCCAGGAGAUUCGACCAGGGAUCGGACGUUGGAUCAGCAGUGCACCGUCAGCAGACCAGGCCUUGCCAUGAUUGCCGGAGCCUUGGCUGUGGAGCUGAUGGUGUCCAUUCUGCAGCACAGUGAAGGGGGCUACGCAGUGGCAAGCAGCAGUGACGACAGAAUGAAUGAACCUCCUACGUCUCUCGGUCUUGUGCCUCAUCAGAUCCGAGGCUUCCUGUCCAGGUUUGACAACGUUCUGCCUGCCAGCCUGGCCUUCGAUAAAUGCACUGCCUGCUCAGACAUCGUCUUGGACCACUAUGAGAGGGAAGGUUUCAGCUUUCUGUCCAAGGUUUUUAAUUCCUCCCACUCAUUUCUGGAAGACCUGACAGGGCUGACUCUACUGCACCAGGAGACACAAGCUGCAGAGAUUUGGGACAUGAGCGACGAUGAGAGCAUCUGAUGGGUCGAGCAGCAGAAGAAUUUCACUUUUCUCAAUACCAAACAUCAACUCUAUACAUUAGACACAAGGUGCACCAUCAGGGCCGAGCACCAAGUAAAAAAAAAAAAAAACGAAUCAUUCACAAGCAGACAGAGCUUGAGUUUUUUUUGUUGUCUAAAAUCAUGUAUGUUUGUGUCAAGUUUUUUUGUCUGAUUGUUAAAAAGUCUUUUUUUUUUUAAACUGUUAGUUACAAUAAACCCAUCAAAAUAAACUGGUUUAGUCGAGUCAGCAAGGUUUCAACAGCAUCUGUUUGCUCAUUCAGCUUGGAGGGG